GGAGGUUUUCUAAAGCAGCUUCAGUGGGUUCUGGGCGACGGUGGAGAGCGGAGGCGCGAAGUGGAGAGCCGGAUCAGCGCUGUCGAGAGAAGCUUUCGGAGAGAUUCAUCUAUCGAGAGAAGCCUUCGGAGAGAUUCAUCUAUCGAGAGAAGCUCCAAGCUGUCGAGAGAAAUUUCCCCAUUCGCCGAGAGAAGCUCCCCAACUUUUCAACAAACGCAACAAAAAAUCAUGCUGUGCCUGUUUGUCUUCGUGUUGGCGGGGGCGUGUGUGGCCUCUGCCGCAGCUGACCCUCUGGCCGACCGCAAUCCGCAGCCCACCAAAGUCGUCCUAGGUCAAACACCCCCAGAGGAAGACAGCAAGACAGCCCACCUGACUGUACCAGGACCAGUGGGCGUGUCUCUUGGAGUGGGCGUGCCUGUCCCUCCCUUGCCAGUCGAGGUGCAUGUUACCUCCCCCACUCGCCCUUUCGGUCUGCCAGCCCCGUCUCGACCAGGUUGUGGAGCCAGCGAGAAGUAUUGCCUCGUCAGUAGCGAUUAUCCGCUGGAUAAAGUCAACUCCAUCAUUGACCGGUACUACAACAAUGUACUCCAUUUGUACAACGACCUCUACCGGUUUCCUCCCCACGACAUCAUGUACCACGACAACCGGACGCAUGGAUACAGGCACGGCGGGCACUUCGUCUGCGAGAGCGCCGUGCAGUACGUGAGGCCGGGCUGGGCGCAGAACAUCCGGGGGGAGUGGGUGGCUGUAAUUAACACGGACAAAUACCCCCAGUCUGUCCGCGUCGAAAGCUGCAAAUACAAGAACAAGCGCUGCGAGUUCCUCCCCCCUUGCUACAAGUCCAAGUGCGUCCAGCGGUACUCCUACGUGAAGCUCCUGAGUGUCGACCCCUACCGCCCCGAGUACAAGCCGACGGUGGACGUCUUCGAGGUCCCUUCAGCGUGUUCCUGCUUCGUCGAGGAUUUCAUCUAUUACUGAAGUGUGUUGUCGAGGACUUUAUCUGCUGGUGAAACGUUUCGUUGGGCACUUCAUCUACUUUUGAAGCGUUUUAUCGAGGGCUUUGUAUAGUGUUAGAGAGAUUCGUUUUAGGGUUUUUAUCUACUUCUGAAGCGGUAUGUCUACGGUUUUAUCUACUUCAGAAACACUUCCUUGAGGUGUCUGAAGCGUCUUACCGAGGAAUUAAUCUACUUCUGAAGCGUCUUACCGAGGAAUUAAUCUACUUCUGAAGCGUCUUACCGAGGAAUUAAUCUACUUCUGAAGCGUUUCGUUAAGGGCUCUAUCUACUACUGAAGCGUCUCCUGAAGCUCCGAAGGACUGAAGGAAUCGCUGAUGCUUAACAUUUUAACUCGUGCUUUUGUCGUCGUUGUGCUGCAGGGAGGGUCGCCGUAGUUAUAGAUAUUGUUGUUUGUUAUAACUUGUGUUGGUUGAGUAUGGUUGUUUAUUGUACUUUUUUUUAUCGGUUGAAGAGGGAUAUCUUUUGUUUUUGCUUUGCAUGUUGUAGGUUCUAUUGGGAUGUUACUUUAUUAUUAUUUUUAUCGGUUAAAGAGGGAUUUUAUUUUUUGCUUUACAUAUAGGUUUAACUGGGUUGUUACAGUUUUCAGAAAUUCAGACAAGGAGGGAUAUUUCUGAUUUUGUUUAACUUGUUGUCAAUGGAGUCUUUUGAUAUCUUGAAUAAACUUUUGUGUAAUAAUUGUA